UCCUGCCGUCCUGCUCCCCCGACACCCGCUGUGAGCCAUGCUGCGCUGCGUCAUCCUCCUGAUCACGGCGUCCUUAUUAUCUGCUGCCAAAGAAAGCCUUAUGGAUAUCUGCAUAGACGGAAAACACCACAAGACGGAACCAGGGCCGGAGGACAACUUGCAUGGAAAGUGCACUCCAUGGAAGCAGAAGGCCUGCUGUUCUGUGAACACCUCCGAGGCUGCGCACCAGGACCUGUCCUAUCUCUACAACUUCAACUGGGACCACUGCGGCGUCAUGUCUGAGGACUGUAAGCAGCACUUCAUCCACGACACCUGCUUCUAUGAGUGCUCCCCCAACCUGGGGCCCUGGAUAGUGCAGGUGGACCAGAGCUGGAGGAACGAGCGUAUCCAGGACGUUCCCCUGUGUAAGGAGGACUGCGAGGGCUGGUACAACGCCUGCGCCAAUGACUACACCUGCAUGGACAACUGGCACGUAGGCUGGGACUGGUCGACUGGAGUCAAUAGAUGUCCGGUGGGGAAGUCGUGUCAGAAACUGCGAGACGUCUUCACGUCCGCCAAGGAUUUCUGCGAGAAGGUCUGGUCCAAAUCCUACGCGUUCACGGAGUACGUGCGAGGCAGCGGCCGCUGUAUGCAGAUCACUUUUGAGAACGACAACGUCGAACCCAAUGUCAAAGUGGCUCAAUACUACGCCGAUCUCAAGGGCUCUGCCCCCAAAACUCGCCUGGGGUUGUUCAUAUUCCUGGCGCCGUUCUUCACGCUGUGGGCGCUAUAAAAUGGAGAAGGCAAAGUGUGUGGAGUCCUAUCUGCCCACAGGUGGCGCUGCUAUAACUCUGCAUCUCACUGCUGCCGCCCUGCUGGAUGGAGUCCUAUCUGCCAACAGGUGGCGCUGCUAUAACUCUGCAUCUCACUGCUGCCGCCCUGCUGGAUGGAGUCCUAUCUGCCAACAGGUGGCGCUGCUAUAACUCUCUGCAUCUCACUGCUGCCGCCCUGCUGGAUGGAGUCCUAUCUGCCCACAGGUGGCGCUGCUAUAACUCUCUGCAUCUCACUGCUGCCGCCCUGCUGGAUGGAGUCCUAUCUGCCCACAGGUGGCGCUGCUAUAACUCUCUGCAUCUCACUGCUGCCGCCCUGCUGGAUGGAGUCCUAUCUGCCCACAGGUGGCGCUGCUAUAACUCUGCAUCUCACUGCUGCCGCCCUGCUGGAUGGAGUCCUAUCUGCCCACAGAUGGCGCUGCUAUAACUCUCUGCA